AUGGCUCGCGGAGAAGGAACCACGUCAACAAAGACCGAAAAGGGGAGCAUCGCUCCGAAGGCUCAAUCCUUGGAAAAGGAGGAAGCGCCUAAGGAAUCUGCUGAAAUCAAGGUUCCAGAAGCACCCAAACGCACCAGGGUGCCAGAUGCCGUCCAGAGGAAAUUGGCGGCCGAGAAACAGAAGGGCCCCCAGCCCGGCAGGUUGGCACAGGAAUUGCGCAGUUACCGGGCCGAAAGGAAGAGGCAUUUGAUGGACGUAUAUGUCCAGAUCACGGGUCUGGACUCAGGGAAAACCCGCGGAGUCAAGGCGCUGCUUGAUAGCGGCUGCAGUACCUGCUGCAUCGACACCGACUACGCGCAAGCAGAGAAGCUGGAUAUCCAAGAGCGUCCACAACCCAUUUUGGCUCGUAAUGCCAACAACACCGAGAACAUCAGCAGUCGGAUCACGCACUACGUCGACCUAAGGAUGAGAAUCGGUCCUCAUGUAGAGACACGCACGUUCCUUCUGACGUGCUUAGGGAAGGCCUGGAUCUUCAUCAGUCUUGACUGGCUGACGGAACACAAUCCCGAGGUGGAUUGGCAGGAGCAGACCAUGAGAUUCAGUUGA